GCCCUUCCCUUUCUCUCUCUGUUUCCUCGUCGCCAUGAUGUGAGCAGCCUUCCUCAGCUAGACCCUUCCACUGUGUUCUGUCUACUCGGGAGCCAGCCAAAGCAGACUGUAACGGUGAAUCAAAAUAAGCUCUCCCUCUUUAAGUGCCGCCAUGAAGUGAACAGGCCUCCUCUGCCAUGUGCCCUCACCAUGACAUACUGUGCUGCUGCAGGCCCUAAGGACAGUGCCAGUGGCCAUGUACUGAAACUUCUGAAAAUGAUUUUCCACCUUCUUGGAGGCCGCAGACCCGUGCGUCUGUAACGUUCCGGAGGCAUGGAGAACUUGGACUUGCUGGGGUUCCUCAUCAUCACGUUAAACUGCAAUGUGACCAUUGUGGGAAAGAUCUGGCUGCUCCUCACAGUGCUGCUGAGGAUGGGCGUGGUCAUCCUGGCAGGGUACCCGAUCUACCAGGAUGAGCAGGAGCGCUUUGUCUGUAACACUCUGCAGCCGGGCUGCACCAACGUUUGCUACGACAUCUUCUCCCCUGUGUCCCAGUUGCGGUUCUGGCUGGUCCAGGGCGUGUCUGUGCUCCUCCCUUAUGCCAUGUUUAGUGUCUAUGUCCUCCACAAGGGCACCCAGCUUGCAUUCCGGGGAGCCUGCCGGUCCGACGGAGGGGCCCCAACUGUGCCAGACUUCUCCUGCGGCUACCUCAUCCACCUGUGUUUCCGGACCCUGACGGAGGCUGCGUUUGGGACCUGGCAUUACCUCUUCUUUGGGUUCUUGGUCCCUAAGAGGUUCUCUUGCACGCACUCUCCUUGCUCCAGCGCGGUGGAUUGCUACGUCUCUCGGCCCACAGAGAAGUCCAUUAUGAUGCUUUUCACCUGGGCCAUGAGUGCUCUCUCCUUCCUCCUCAGUGUCACAGAUCUGCUUUGCAGUGUGCAGAGAAGGAUCAGCCGGAGGCGAGGCCCCGGGCAGGGCGUGAGCAGCUCCUACAUCAGCAAGGAGUGUGGAGUCCGAGCAUCUCCUCCGGGCCGCACUAAGGGAAGCAAGCCCGGCGAGGUGGAGGAGGACGGCCGGUGGGAGGAAGAGGCGGUGCCUUCUCUCCCUGACGGGUGGGCUGGAGGGCAGAGUACCAACAGUUCCAGCGUUCAGCCUGCUGCGUCCGGCUGUGUGGCGCUGCAGGCCGAAGGCGGGAGUGAGGGGCCGCCCUCAGCCAGCGACAAGGUGCCUGUGGCCCACACAGAGCCUGGAGGCAGACACCCCCAAGAGGCUACAGAGGACCCAAGGAGCAAGGGCCUCGCCCGGUCAGAGGUGUGCCCCUUCGCCUCUCAGAGCCACCUGGCUGGCAGCUACUCACCUAGCCUGCUACAGCCUCCUGAGCAGCUGGCAGCCUCUGGCAGCAUUCCCCACCUGAGAACCAAAAAGUCUGAGUGGGUGUGAAGAGUAUACGUCAGGCAGUGCCCCGGGAGCCCAGCCCCACAGCAGGGCACUGUCCUGGGCAAAGGGUUCUGCCACGAAGACGCAGACAAACACAGCCUGACACAACUAAGUUCUUGGCAGCAGGUGAGCUGCCAGAAGGACAGACGAACUCCCUGGGAGACCAGAUACGGAUUAAUUUAGAUAACACUUGCUCUUGUAAAAGCGCCUGACAUUUAAUGUGUGUCCCUAGCUAUAGCACGGAACGAGAGAGUGCAGAGUUGUUGCUCCUCAUGAGAUUCUUACGUGUGCUGUGCGUGCACUGGGUCUAUUAUCUUGUUCUUUACCAUGUGUGUGUGAAUGUAAAGCAUGCUGUCUUACACUAAUAGAGCUCAAUAUGCUUAGGUUUUUCUGGUGAAUUAUUAGGAUUUGGCUUUGGUUUUGGUUCUGGUUGAUGGGAGGCACUGGUCAUGCAUGUCAUCACUGGAGAUGUCAGUUUACCUCUUUAAAAAAAUGAACACUGAGUGUACUGCAGUAACUGCUUCCUGCUUCGGAGUGUGAAGGGAAAAGUGGCACAUGCAGGGAACAGAACUCAGAGACAACUGGCGUGGGGCUGUCGUGUUGUUAUUGCACGGGUUGGGUACACAGGGUGUGGCGUGAGUCCAGGGCCGGCUGAGCCACCAUGUGUAGCUGAGCGGCUGCCCUCCCCCUGUGAAGGCAGGACUUUUACUCUUGACCAGUAGCUGAGGAUUUGUCACAAGCUUUUCAGUCCAGGUUUUGCCCAAGUCCUUUUGGGGCAGUGCAGUUAUGAAGGGCCUGAGGGCCUUACUCUAGUGCAGAGGAGGGGAAAGACUUUGAGGGCUAUGUUAGAGCUUUCUGUGUGCACACUGGAAACAAGAAGCCUUGGGAAGGGCUUGAAGUAAUGGUCCCCCCGCCAUUUUGUGUGUCACUGCUUCUGAUUUUGGUGCUUUCCCAGUGAAAGUCUGACUCUAUUCAGUGUUGGAGCUUUUCUGCUGCUUCAAAUUGAGCAGAUGCGAAGACACAUCUGGUACAGGGCCGAGUAAACCAGCUCCCCUUGAUAGAGAGGGGGAACAAGCCAUCUGGAUCUAGUUCUAGACCUGAACACUGUUCUCUGGGCCCCAAAUAUGGAGUAGCUGAAGAAUAGGAUCCAUCCUUCACUGCAGCAAAUAAUAUAAAAAAAAAAGGAAACCAAUGCACUGGUGAAAACAAGGGACUUUUGAAUUGUUCUAAAGAGACCUUGGCAAUAAAAUAUCUGCCAGAAUGACAAAUAACAGCCUGCUAGAUGUAUCUACAGGUUGUCAAAGCAACUGGUUACAAUUUAGAAAAAAGAAUCAUACAGCUGGGUGUGGUGGUGCACACCUGUGAUACC